CCGAUGUUGACCAGCGUCCUUCAAACACCAAAACCUAUCGAGAAGCGGCUCUACAGAAUAACAAGACAUUGAAGCACCACCACGCGGAGGUCUGCAACAUCUACACAGAAGCACACCUGUCAAAGUAUUUGGCGUUGGAAGUCGGACUUACGCUGAGUUCACCACUUCACUGGAGAUCUGAUCAUAGAUCUCGUUGCAGAAGACCACGAAAAAGAAACUUUAAGUCCCACUAUACAACACCAAAUACUACAAGUGUAUGAUUAUGAAGGUCUGACGGGGAACGAUAACGAAGGUCAGGAAAGAAGAAAAAUCAGUAGUAGAAACAUAACAAAAAAAGUAGUGGGAGUCCAAGUAGUCCAGCUUUGAAGCGCAUUCAGGGAGAAAAGCAAGACAGCGGCUGGGCUACGAUGCAGGAUGAGGUCAAUACUUAUCUUCCUCAAUUUAACAAGGGUUGUUGCCCUAUAAGCAAUCCAUCUUAUUUUGAAGCAUCUUAGUUACUUGAAGCUUCCCCAGAACAAAGGCAAAGGGGAAAGGAGCACCAAGAUGGAUGCGUCUCAGGGUGAAUUAUACUAAGGAAAUGGAGCUCAGCUCUAUAAUCAAAAUGUCCGAACUGUGGUCACUGUGGCGUAACCGUUGGCCCUAAUCAUUAGCUUGUAAGUACCCCCCAACGGUGGGUGGCUGUGAUACGGAAGAUACUAGAACCUCCAGACCCAGAACUACUAGUGACAAGACCAGAACUGGCAACUGAGCAAGUGCUUUUAUCCCUUCCGACGACUACCUGAAUCGAUCGGCACGGUUGAAAGCUUUUGUUCUCGACAGUGCUAAGCGGGGCGCCAGACGUGGCGAAAGAAGUGUCAUUCUAGAGCUGAAUGUUAA